GGGCUGAGCAGCCCGUCUAGUUGGGGUCUGGUGGAGUCACGCUGAGGACGGAGCGUCAGGAACAGAGGAGUCGGCAUGGCUUGGUGUUUCCACAUUAGAGGCGUUUUCCUCACCCUGACUUUGGCUGCAGCGGUAAGUUAUUUACGCCGCACGUGUCAAAAGGUCUAUGAACUUAUCUUCUCGCAAAUUUAACAGAGAGAGGACAAAAAACAAUACGAGAACUAUUUGCUAGAUAUUGUUCAACACUUUGCAGAGAAACAUUUCGGCAGUAAUUCAUUUGAAGUCUGUUGUGUUUGGCUAUUGAUAUGAGCUCUAAAUUAAAAAUUAUUAUUGAUAUUUUUAAGAAUAAGGAUAAUAAAAGACAACCGACUGUGUGUGCGUGACUGUGGGAGACGUCUAAUGUGCAGCAGUUCGUGUCUUCAGAAAGGUCCAAAGUCAUUUUCUUUGAAUAAUGACAAAAUAUUUUGCAAAGUGUUGCAUGAGAAAGAAAAAAAGCAUAUUUACUGAUAAUGUGUAAACAUUUUAUAAGCUUUAUUUUUUUUUUCUGAAUUUUUGAUGUACUAUAUUUGUAGGUUAUAACUAUUGUUUUGAUUAGACAUAGAUAUUUAGAGUUAAGACAUCUGAUCUCCAUUGGCUUUUUUAAACUUGAUUGACUUUUUUCUAUAUUUUUGCUUUUCUUUCUGAAUGAUCUAUGAAUCAAAAAUAAGCUACUGCCUCAGUUAAAAGUUUAUGGUCUGGUAUGUCUUUAAAAGGACAGUGACUGAAUACCUGCAUGUGCUUUUUAUAAUUAUGCACACAGGUAGGCUUUUACAAUGUAAUUUAAGAAAUGGACGAUUAUAAUCUGCAUAUAUGAUGAGGGAAUGUGUCAAUGUUUUCAGCCAAAUCCAUAAAAAAUUGUUUUGAUGUCCCCAUUAGACCAUCUCUCAAACACAAAAACUUGACAUCAAAAAAAAUGAAAAUGACUGAUUUAUUUUAAUCCACUCACCUCUUUAUUUACUGUCUGUAGUGUGUGUUCAAUUUGUCUUUGUCAAUCAACUGUGAAGGAACAAGGGAGACAACAAACACCACACAAGAGGUGCGCGUUCACACCGACACUCACAACAGCUCCAUAAAGUUAUUACACGGCCACCUCGCUAAUUUCCAUAAUGGAAUAGAAAUAUGAGAGGCAUGGAAACAGGUGGUGUGAUGUUCAACGUGGCAAAGAGAGAAUGGGAGACACUCAUCGCUGCACUCCUCUUCAUUCCCUUUUUUUUUUUUUACUGCUGAGGACUGCAGAGAAUUAAAAUGAACUCUGGGGUCCUUAAACACACAUGCCCAUUUUAAAAAUUCACUGUCCUUAAAAUGAUCUAAUGGUAAGUGGCUGGUCUCUCUUUAAAUGGUCAGAUAUUGUUGAAUUUAUUAGAGAAGCACAGAGGAAAACAGAUAAAACCCUAAAAAAGUGUUAACAAAACCAGCAAUAAUCAGGUCAUCAUUUUGUAGUAUGGCUUAAAAAAUUAUAUUUCAACAUCGGCACUUACUAGUCUAAUGAAAUCCAUCUGUUUUACACCCAAAGUAGUGAGCAAAUUUAUGAUUGGAACAGUUUUAAAAUAUCAAAUCCACUUUCACAUCUUUGCUGUACAUUUUAAACCCGUUGGCUACAUCCAGCCAGCAGGGCAUCCAACAGAGCCAAGAGAAUUGGAUCAACAUUAUCUGGUUCCAUCUUCCUUCUUAAGCACACAGAUAUGAUACUGUAUCAAUCGUAUUUAUUUUUAGUGAGAACAGGAAUAUAUAUUCAGCUCCUUUAAGAUGCUUACCUUAAAUAAUUCAUAAAACCUUUGAACUCCAGAGACUGAUGGUACAUGUGCUCUCUCUACCUGACUGAACAUAUUUUAUAUUUUUAUACCUUGCAUCACAAGCGUAAAAGUGCCCCUCAUUUGCUGUUGAAAAUAGAAGGAAACAUCAGCAAAGUGAGCCCAGUCCAAUGGCCCCUUUUUUUGGGUAGUUAGUGGAUAAUGGGCUUCACCUCUCAGGAAACGUUUUUACAGCAGACUGCAUGCAAACUGGCAGUGUGUGGAGGGUUUUGGCUUUGCAUUUAGUUUCAUGGAUCAUAAUUUGGAGACUUACAUUAUGCAGCGCCCCAGUUCCAUUCUAUCAAUCUGUUUUUUGUCUCUUUACAUCCAGGGUAAUGUCCAGAGGGAUUGCCAAAGGGAUACAUGGCUCCCUUUGAAAUCUGAUCAGCCACCCCUGGUACAACCCCCAAAUCCCAAAUUAUGAUCAAUUAUGUAUCUUGUUUGAUAUCAGACUUCUGUAAAAAUCAACUAUUUGAGAUGUAAUGCAUCAAGCUGCUAAAAGCUUCUUUUGCACUUUAACUUUUUACAAUGUUACUGCAACACACAUCUUCUUUUUGAGUUCUUAAAGAGCUACAUUUUAAAGAUAUACCAUUCUGUCAUGUUGCUUAAGUAAAAACAGAAGCAUGACAUAUUUUUAAAAGAUUCAAGUUCAGAGUUACAGGCGAUAGUUUAUAACAUCUGAAGAUCGACAAUGUAAAUGAAGCUAUACAUUUAUGUGUGUGCAGACACACUUUAUGCUGCCCAUACAUUUCUGCCAAGAGUGCUCUCGUCAUAAAUUGUAAAACCAUUUAUUGCAAAAUGGCUACAUAGAAAUACUUUAGGCUUAAUACUUGUCUCACCAGGCUACCCAGGGUGCAUGCUUUGGCUUUCUGGAGAGAAAUGAAAACAAGCUUUUAGACCUGAAAGAUGGAGGUGACCAAACUUUACCAACAGCGUCAGGGUGUGGGCAGAAACAAAGAUCGGUCAAAGGGUAGAUGUCUUUAAAUGUCCAUGUAGAUUCUCAUUCUUUCAGGUCAUGGUUAUCUCGAAGACUCCAAAAUCAGGCAACUGGACUGUGUAGAGUUUGAGAAGAUGUUUCGAUGCUUAUCCAAGAAGCUUCUUCAGUUCUAAAAUAGCUAGUGAGGGGAGCAGGUAUUUAUCUUACUGGAGAAAACAAUGGCUGGAAGGAGUUGGAAUGAAUGGGUCGUAGAAACCCAUCUCCGGGUGUUAUGGGUAGCUUUGUUGUCAGGAUGGGUGGUGAUUGGUUGUAAGCAAUUUGAGACAAAUAGCAACAGGGGAUGGUUGCAACAGGGACCCAUGACCUUAUGUCCUAAAUGAACUAACGUUGACUCACAUUAGCUUCAUAAGUUGGUAGCUUGGUCGGGUCACCCCCAUCAAUAAGUCCAGACAGGUCCCUGCUUCCAUUCCCUCUCACGGUUGAGUUUCAUGAGCAUGUCAUGCGCCCCUGCUGAAAAUGAUAAUAACAACAGUACCUGGUCUUGUGUUCUUUAUCUCCUGCCUCUCUGGGCUAUACUGACAGCCUUUCAUGGCACACCAUUCCCAUGUAGGAUAAAACAUCCAUGGUUAUCUGAUUUACAGUGUGCCAUUAAUUUGAUGCAUUUAUUCCGUAGCAGCUUAUGCUAACAAUGGGUGCAGAUAUCUUUCUUCUUCGGCUAUAAAUGCUCCAACAAUGGAAGACUUGAACCCAUUAUAACAACACAACCACAGCGUAGCGAUGAAAAAUACACUGAGUGUCACAUAUUAGGGCGAAACUUAAUACAGCCUUGGAUGCCUGAAAUCAAUUUGACUUUAAGAAGGAUAAGCAGUCCAUUUUUCAUGAGAGGUUUUCUUUCCUUUGAACAGGAAAAGCAGUAAUUGCAGCAUCAAUUUCACAAAAACAGCUCCUAUUAAAUUAUUAUCAAUGCAUUAGGAAAAAAGAAAAGACAAAUUUGCUCGGGUUGCUCAUUAACACCUCUUUUUUCAUGGAAAAGAGGAAAAUUGCUGCUGUGAGCUUGCAAAAUUCUUUCUCAUACCUUUAAGAAAUUAGGAAAAACUCUUUUUUUGUGUAGUAACUUUAAGGAAGUUUGUGUAGUAACUUUAAGGAAGUUAGUUUUCUGAAUUUCUAUUCUGAGUUUUUAAAGUGUUUUGUUACUCUGAACAAACACAAAUGGCAUUUUUCCUUUCAAGAAUCACUUUAUUUGUGCCUGUGUUUGUGUGCGUGUGCCAGGGGAGAAAGUUCAAAGUUAAAUUCUGAGAAAGGUCUGGGGUAAGUGAUUGUGUUUGAAAAAUAGAAAUGAAGAGUUUGGGUGUAAACCAAUUUCACCCUAAAAGUUUUUCAAACACAUUCUGAUAACUGUUUGGCCAUGCAAUAGUGGGGUGUCUGAGUCUUCAAAAUGCUCAAAUUGUUUUGAUGAAACCUGUAAGGCAAAUAAAUAGAAAUAUAUAUGGUCUGCAAAACCAUGGGAUAAAGCGGAUGACACCGUUUCUUGUCCAUGUGUGUCAUGGGAUGAUUUAGCAUUUUGUGUUUCUGCUCUUCAUCAUUUAAGGAAAACUGUUAAUUCGUUUCUCUUUUACUUUUACGUCUGGAGUCAAACAUUUCUGUGUGAUUUACAUUUUUCCCUGUAUCCAGAGCAGUUCUGACUUUGCCUUUAACGGGUGCUGUGUUGAAUCCAAAUCAACCCUGGAUAAGUAAGCAGGUGAAUUCCAGUGAUUUUCUAAACAAAAUCACAAGGGCUCUUUCAGUUCAGAUCUGUGCAGAACAUUAUGAUAAUAAAAGCCGCAUCUAUGCAAGGAAAACUCAGCCAUGUAAUUUUAUGUAAUGACUCCAGGUGGGCAUGAAAAUGUUUAUCACACAGAACCGGCACAUACCCUAUUGAAUUGCUCUUAGAGAGCUGGUGAGAGGGGAUACUGGAGUCCUCCAGAGGGAGAGUUUGUGGUCUCAGAGGAGUAAAGCUUCUAAAGCAUCAUUUCAUUCAGAGAUUGGUUACACUUGUUUUCCCCUCCGGCUUUAAAUCUGAUAGAUGUGAGCUGUGUGAAGGACAAAGGUUUGUUAUCAAUAACAGAGAGAGCUUUACUAAGAGUGUGCUUGUGACUUUUUCUGUUGCUCUCUCUGUUUUAUUGAGUCUGUAUGCUAGACAGACAAAGGAGACACCAAUAAAAAGCGUCAGAGAAACUCUGCAGUGGAUAAAAGGGUAAACACUCUCCGAACACGAAGUGAAAUUGGAUAAAGAGGGGUAUCGUUAUUAAAUGUUCUCAAAUAAGAACCUCUUUGUUUUAAAUUCAACUACUUUCAUGUUGCUUUUGUUUGCAUUUAUCCAUCAGGCUUGUGUUUGCAAAUCAAAUUACACAUUUCACUUUCCAGCCGCUGAAUUUGGGAAUAAUGUCGCUGAGGUCCAUGAAGAGAUUUGAGCUCCAACUGAUCCAAAGACAAAAUAUUUAUUCUUUUUAUAACAGAGGCUGCACCACAAUGGAUUAAACAGCAUCAUUACGGCCCUCUAAUUAACCUAGAGCUACAGUAAUUAACUUGUUGAAUAUUUCACAACAUGCAAGCUGUUUUACUUGACUGAAUAUAAAAGAUCAUUAAUGAAGGAGCCAUUAACAAGAUUUUUAUGAUACUAAUAUGGGAGCAGAUACAAUGCACCUUCUGCAGCACUACCAUAGACGUAUUUUAUAAGAUAUUACACACACAGAAUCCUCCUUUUGGCAAAUGUGAUAAUGUUUAUGAGAAACAUAAAUCACACUUAUAAUUUUAGUUUGGCCCAUUGCUGCGUUUCAUUGAUGCUCUCUCCUCCAUGUCCUCAGCUGUUCAAAUCAAAGAAAAUGGCAGUGAUAAUAAUCUGUGAAAAAUGUUGCCAAUGAGCUGGGCUUUGACUACUCUGCUAUAAUUACAUAUGACAUAUCAUUCUGUUAACUUGUAAACACUGUUUCACAAAGACACAUUUAGGUGAUAGGUAAUGUAUUAUUGAGUAGGUAGUUAUGCUGAGGAAUCCUGACAGGAUGGGAAUAUACCUGACAUGUCUGACCCACUAUUACCCUGCUCAUUACCUACCCACUAAUAGCAGCACCUGUAUAACCUAUGUUGUGGUUCAUAGAGGCUUUGUGCCUCUUCUCCUUGGUGUGGUUCACUCAACUGAAAGUGAUACACAGAUGGCACCAGGCACCCCAAGGAUUCCAAAGGUGGGAAUUAUUAACACAGACCUUUGCUGGAGAUGUGGCUGGUCUGGUGCCUCCACCUUUCAUGUAUUCUGGUCAUGCUCUGCACUUGGAGGGACAAUAUCCAGCAGGUUAUCUAAGAAAUACUGAGAAAGAAGUUUCAAGUCUUAGUUAAACUUUCCAUUCUGAGUUCAGCUCAUUGUCUUGUCCUCUUUUGAAAAAAAAAAGGAUGGAAUUAUUCUGGUUUUAACAACAGCUAAACUGAUACUUCAUCUCCUUACAAAGAGUGUGUCACUAUCAUGACUCAACUAGCUGUUUAUAUGAGGGUGACUUAGUCAGUGCUGGAUAAACUGGAUCAAAACAUGUUUACAUAGUUUGGAUUUCUGUGCCUGCACCCUGGAGAUCAAUUCAGUGCCUGGACUUAUUUUAUUAACAGAUAAAUGUGUCUUACUAUGGAGGGAACAACUAACUUGUAUUUUUGCCACAUUUUCAACAGGAAGAGGUAAAGCCAUUAACUUUAUAAAUGAGCUGGACUCCUUGAUAUGCAUGAUCUGGUUAUUCCUCUUGCUAGUUAGAAUUAACAAUCAAUGUUAAAAGGUUUAGGCCAAUUAGAAUCAAGUAUUUGACACUGUGUGGUCAGAGGGAAAGCCUGGCAAUGAUCAAAAUUAGUGACUUUUCAACUAUGGUGCAACUUUAGACCAUUAACCUUCUCAAAGGCAAAAAUAUCAGGAAAAGCUUAUCAGGUUUUCUUUAUAUGUCUGGACUUAGGGUCAUAUUUUAUCCUUGAGAUCUUAAUUUUAAUUCAUAUGUGUUUUAGUUUUGACGUUUUGGGUGGGAGCUGGCAGUAUGAUGAUAAUGGUAUUGUAUGAAUGAUGUGAUUCUGACCAGAAAGUCAGACAAUGGGCCAUAAAACAGCAGUGAAGGUCAUGUUGACAUGGCUUUUUUUCUGAAUAACAAAAAGUGGACAUUGCUUUGUCUGCCAAGUACAAGCACUCUCUUUAAUACCUUCCUUUCAUGUCCUGUCCAAGAAACUGGAAAUAAAUUAAAUUCAAAUGAAAAAAUCUAGACAUUCUGUUGUGAUUUUCCAUCCACAAUAUCUAGCACAGGGAACCAGAGGGGUCUGGGUAUAAUGCAAAAGGAGCAGAGCCAAGAGGAUUAACAAUGGGUAAUUAUGGAGUUAGAAAAUAAGUGAGUUUGAGCAAAAUGAUAAAGUUUUAGUAGCAAAGUAUUUCCGUUUAAAUGACAUAAAAUGAGUCAGCGCCCUUCAAAAGGCACCAUACACUCUUUAAACACAUGAAUUACCUUUUUCCUAUAAUUGUUCUGCAUUCUUUUCUUGAAUGCCUCCAUAUAAGAAAACAACCCCUUCUUCUUUUCUUACUCACUGUCUUCUUUCUGUCGUCUAGGCUUUGUCGAGCUUACACCCCGAGUGUGAGUUUAUAUUUCAGCUCCAGAGAGAGGAGCAGAACUGCCUCCAGUACAUUAAAGAGCAGGGAAACAGAAGCAUAGAAGGUGUGUUUUUGUCCAAUUAUCCCUCAGUUGCAGCUUAUUAAAACUAAAGCAUGGCGGCACUUUUGUAGUCGUGAAACAUUCUGUAAUUUUAUGCACUAAGAACAGAAGCCAAAGCUGAAGAAGUGUUUGAAGGAGAGCCUUCGUUACUUUGGCUUUUUCAAGACUGUGCCUCAUGCAGAAUGCAUAACACUGUGAUUUAUCAUGUCAUGCACAGAGGAAACCACUGCAGAAAGUAAAGAUUUACCGCCCUAUUAAUUUUAUUAUUUGGAUCUGAGCACAAUUUAAGACAUGGCUGAUAUUAUGGCUUUGGAGAAUGUUAAGUACUUUGUGAAUGAUUCACCCCCUCACCUCCACUUUGAGUACUGAUAUAUAUUUCAACUUUGCACUUCUCAGUCAGUGUUGUAUGCAAUCAUGUAAAAAUGUAGGAGCCACUUUUCUGACAGACACACUCGUAUAUCUAAUACCGUCUUCCUCUUAAUCAUCCAAAAGGCUGCCGGCCAUUCUGGGAUGCGGUCUUGUGCUGGCCUCAUGCAGUUGUUGGGGAAACAGUCCACAGAGCUUGUCCUGCUGUCUUCUCCCUCUUCAAAAACAGCACAGGUGAGUGAAGGCUUAUGUGGUGAAAGAGUGACUGAGUAGUGUGUUAAGAGAAUUGUACAAGAGAAUUCUAUUACAGGUAUUUUCAAAAAGGUCUUUUUAGACUUCUGAAGCCUAAAUCUAAACUAAUAAGGCGGUAUAGACUCGUCAUAUUUUGUCUGAUAGUAAAGCCAUGUCUAUUCAUAAUCAAGUAUGUGUGCUAUUACAAGGAAUUUGACUCUGUAAUCACAUACAUUGCAAAGAUUUUUACUCUCAUAGCUGUCUAGCACUUAUUAUGAAAUGAAUUUUAAAAAAAUCUAAAAGGUAUUGUGUUAACAUGCUAUGCUCAUUAAAGUUUACACAAUGUACAGAGGUAAGGUUUUUUAAGUAAUGCAGGUUUGGAUAAGGGCUGAAAUUGACAUUUAAAGGAUUACAAAACCUAUCCAAUGGUUGAGAUAUUUUGCUAAAUAACCACACGUUAACCACAUGUUGGCACUAGAGAGUCAGGGGAACUUUGAGGUUGGUGGGGCAAGUUUUGUCAUUAGCAUGACUGUCUCCAAAAUUCAAGGUCUGACCCUCUGGUGGUCCAUAGAGAAAUUAUACUUCCUAUAAUUCAUCCUCCAUCUGUGCCAUCCUGAGUGCUACUCAGCACGUGUGGCCAUAAAGACCAUAAAUACUUUAUUUCUCAUUUUCUUGAUAAAUUAGAGAUUCUGAUACAAAGAUUUUGAAUCAGUGUCUAAUUUCACUUUUUAUUCUCCUUAUCUUCUGCCCCAGGUUCAGUAAGUCGUAACUGCACCCCCGAUGGUUGGUCCAGACCUUUUCUGCCUCACCACAUUGCCUGCAGUGUGGAUGCUGACAUUCCUGAGGUAAUGGUCCUACCCAGUAACACUUAGUUUGACCAAAACCAGCCUGGCUUCAAGUCAGUCCACUAAGCUUGGUAUCACAGGAUCUGCCUACUCCUAUCCUAUGUCCUAUAUCUGAAGGACACCUAAUUGAUUAUCUUGGAAGUUCACAGUGGUGCCUGAAUGAAUAAUGCUUGGCCCCCUUUCUCAUCUCAACAUACACGAAUUCACUUGUUGUAAUCAUCCUCACUCAUAGUUUCAAUGCUCUGCACACAACCCCCAGCUCUUUCCAUCAUUCCUGUCACAUGACUACGAUCUUGAACAUCUGUUAAUGAGUUAAAGGACCUUCAGACUACCCUACGUGAGACUGAAUUCCUUGUCACUCCAGCCUGCUCCUCUUUGCGAUAACAGAUCAAUAUUCAUCUUGGAUCCAUCAAAAUCACUCGGCAUGCCUUGAAUCUAAAUGUUAUGAUUGAUAACUAGCGUGCUCUUGAUUGCUUGAUCAUGCUGAUUCUCCCUGCACAUUUUCAGAAAGAUCAAACAUUAUAUUAUCAAACCUACAUUAUGUUGUUGAUGGUGGACAAUGAUGGUGAUUAUGAUGGUGAGAUAUUACUCACCCUUUGCAGUCUUUUGACGCCUGUGUUUAACCAGACUUGACGCUGUUUCUUGGCACUUAAUCACAAUAUUGUCCUGUCCUGUGUCCUGACUUGUGCUGCACGUACUCCCAGAUGCCUGUCAUUUUGGACAAAGGCAUUUGCAAAAUGAAAUUCUGACACUGUUUCAUUGCAGGGUGUACUAAGGGUAAAGCUUAAUAAAAAUCUCAGACUUGAAAAUGAGAAGCUAGAUGAGAGGUUGGAUAGGUCAAGUGCUAGUCCAGAUUUCAGUGUGUCGGCUAAAACUGCACCUAGUUUUGUUCUGUUUUAGUCGUUGACUUUUGAGUCUUCUACCUUUAAAGAGAUGAAAAUGAUAUCUUUUCAUACAGAAACACACCUCUUGUUUAUAUACUCUCUGAUAGGAUGUCAGUCAUCAGGUAAAAGCAGACAUUUUCGUGCUUUCUGAAGUGAGAAUAAACCUUUAAUGCGCAGAACAUCAUUUUGGAGGAUAAUUAUGAAGGAACAACUUGUAGAGCUAAAAAGAGCUAUUUGUCCCCAUUUUUUAGAAACACUUUUGAGGCUGCUAAAAGUAAGAGUGGUUAUUUUUAAGUUAAAGUCCUUGUGAUGGUGUCCUUACUUUUUUUACUCCCUUUGUGUAAGUCAUGCUGCAUUUAUCUCUUUAACACAGUUGAGCUCAAAGCUUUUGGACACUUGUACUGAUUUAUUUUUUACCAAACAAAGUCUGUGUUUUUGUAGAAGACCUUGGUCACUCUCUUCUCUCUCUUGAUUUCAGACUGAGCAGUCAUACUUUGCCACAGUAAAGCUGAUAUACACCAUCGGUUACAGCAUCUCUCUAACGGUGCUGACUGUAGCUGUGUUGGUCCUUUUGCUCUUCAGGUAUUUGAUAGAUUAUAUUCUAAAAAUCCUUAAUAAUAUACCUAUCUAUCCAUCUACCUGUCUGUCUAGAGUAUUUUUUUAUGCCUUUGUUUCCAACAGGAGGUUGCGUUGUGCCAGGAACUUCAUUCAUAUCCAGCUCUUCACCACUUUUAUCCUGAAGGCUGUGGCAGUAUUCAUAAAGGACGCGACUCUCUUCUCAAGUGAUGACACCAACCACUGCACCCUCUCCACAGUAAGAUAAUGAUAUUGAGCUCAAGAGGUUCUGGGUUAUAUUCAGAAACUCCUCAGGAUAGUUUUCCCCUGCUCUCAUAUUAAUACGUCCGUCUAGUCACAUAUUGCCUGUCAAUCUCUUCUCUCAUACUAUCUUCUUAAAAUUCUCUCUGUGUCCUACUUUGCUUCAUUGUCUCUCUGUUUAGUUUGCCUGUAAGGCCUCUGUGGUCUUCUGUCAUUACUGUGUAAUGGCUAAUUUUUUCUGGCUCCUGGUGGAGGCGCUCUACCUCAAUUCUCUGCUGCUUUCGUCCUUCUAUCACAGCCGUCGCUGUCUCUGGGGCUUCAGCCUGCUGGGAUGGGGUGAGAAAUAUUGGCAUGCCACAUCCCUCACAGUUUUUGUGCUGAGAUACACAGUUUGGUUCCAGUAUAAGAUAUACCACAUUAACAACAGUAUGUGGCAGUUUUUAGGUAUAGUAGGCUUAAUUACCUCUUUCUAAAGAUUAAGAACUCUUUUAUUUUAGAAAUUACACUAUAAAGAUAUAGGGUUGGAAAGGACUGAGUCCUUGCUGUUUUAUGCAGCUCUCUAACUUACUCAAGGCUAAACUACAGAAAAAGAAGCGGUCAGAUAAAAUAAUUUAACUUAGAAUAUUUUGAUUCCUCAGAGGCUGAUAUUCUUUUAGGUGAGCCAAUUUACUCACAAUGUGUGAGUUGUGGUUUUCAGUUCAUUAAUCUUGCAUGCAGGAGAGUGAAAUGUUUAAUCCGGAAACUUUUAGCCUUGAAGGAAAAAAACCUGCAGUGGUUGUAUCUUUUUGAUGCUAGUUUAGGUUUUUCUACCUUCCCACAGGUGUACCCGCAGUCUUCAUCACCCUGUGGAUCGGAUCCAGGAUUUACUUUGAGGACACAGAGUCUGUAUAAAUGUCUUUCUCUAUCGCCACGAUUCUGUUAAUUUAUCUUAUUAAUUUAUAGUGCACUACCUUAGGUUUGCCAUCAGAAAGUCCAUUUGUGAAUGGAUUUUCUGAUGACAAAGUAAAGUGCUGAAAAAGUCUAAGUGGAUCUUACACUUAAGAAGAGUUGAGUGCUUGUGUCGGGGUCACUCAAAAUCUUCUAAAUUAUGUGGCAGACUUGACCUCAUCUGCCGAGAACUAUACUCAACUCAACUGAACUCAACUGAACUCAACUUUAUUUGUUAAGCACUUUAAAACAACCACAGCUGAACAAAGUGCUGUACAUAAAUAGACAAAACAAUUGGACAUAAAAAAACAAUCAAAAAUAAUGAAAACAAUGGAUAAAAUAAAAGCAGAAGUAAAAAGUAAAAUAUAGUUUCAAUGUUUUUAAAAACUAAUUUAAAAACAUAGAAACAAAUAACUAAAAACAAACCAUAAAACGCUAAAACAGGAGCCGAGUCUCAUGCAGGGUUAAAAGCCUGUAAGCUUAGCUAGCCCGUGGUUCUCCUGCAGUUUUUCCUUAGAGGGGCAGAACUGACAAGUAUCUAUUGUGGCUGAUAGACUACUACUAGUAGUAGUGACAUGUAACUCAAACAGCUACAAUUAAAAAAAAAAAAGAAAGAAAAAAAUCCCUUUCUAGGGCGGCAGUGGUCUGACCCACAUUGGUGAAUAUAAGGUAUUUCCAUUCAGUUAGAUGAUGGCAGGUUUUUGUCGAAGGACUGCACACUUAAGAGUUUUUUUUUGUUGACAGUUUUUUGUUUGUUUUUAUUCAGACUCACCAAAACAUAUUCAUAAUUUCUCCCUGUGCAGAUGUUGGGACAUUAACGAGGACUCACCCUAUUGGUGGAUCAUCAAGGGACCAAUUGUCGUGUCAAUUGCGGUAGACGCUUCGUUUGUAUUGCACCAAAAAAUGAUGGGCUGUUAUGUGUGCACCCAGAAGGUUGCAGAUAAUUGUGCACAGUCUUUAUUUAGUUUCUUUCAGGGAUCAAUUCUGAUGUAUGGUUAGAUAACAAUUUUGCACACAGUAGAAAAUAAUGACAAUAACUGUUCUGCUUAGUCUGUACUGCAGCAUGACCUUUCAUAAUCAUAUUGUUGAUAGAGACAUUUAAUUACUGUGCCUGUUGGGAUUUUCAUAAUCAGAAUAAGACGAUCUUUAUUUAACCCUGAAGGGAAAUUCAAUCAUAAUAAUAAUACUCGUUGACGUUGUUUUGGCUUUCCUGUUUUUCCCACCACCAGGUGAAUUUCAUGCUCUUCAUGAACAUCAUAAGAAUCUUGAUACAGAAGCUUAAUCCCCGGCUGAUCCAGUUCAAUAAUUCCUCUCAGUACAGGUAAUCCUUUCGCUGCAGACACAGAAUGAUUGACUGGGCUCAGUCAUUCGGCAUCUUCUACUUGAAUCAUCUCUACAUUCGAUUAGGGAAAGACCUGGAGGAGAAAUUUCUGAGCAUUCUUGCAGUGGCAGAUUUGCUUUUAUCAGACCUGGCUUUCAUCUUUUCCUCGUUUUCUGAAGCUUUGUCUUUGUGCUUUUACAGUUUAUCAGCAGCUAUUUAGCUUUUACAGUCUUAUGGACACAUUUUCAAAAAACGUCUUCAAACUCUUUGGUCCUUAUUUUCUCUGAUAAGUAGACGCUUUGAUGUAAGAGAAGAUGCAAGCUGUGUGAGAAGUGUUGAUACAACAAAGUGGGCAGCAACUUAAUUCAUUCAAUGUCUCCUGAACCUCAAACUAACCAGUCUGGACACGUCUGCCCUCCCUCUUCAGGAGAGGCCUAUCAGACUUCUAAUUGAAAUGAGCUUACUAAUUGGCUCAAGGCGUUCACAGACACAUCCAGAUCUUAAAAAAAGACAUUCCAAAGGUAACCUAAGUGAUGCUUGACUCUAAUUGCACCAGCUGGAUGGAUAUUUACAAAUAACAUGUAAGAAAAGAAAGAAAAUUAUCCCUGCACUUCCUUUUAAUCAUUGUCUUUGAGUCAUACAGCUGCUGCCAUGUUCCUGAUAAUAAUUAAGCUGUGUACAGGCUGACACAUCAUACAAGCAUCCUCUCUAUUCUCAUCAGAGCGUCUUCAUGCAUGAUGCCACUCUGAAGCUUUUUUUCCCCUCUGUGCAACAGGCGCCUGACUAAGUCUACCCUCCUCCUCAUCCCUUUGUUUGGUACUCACUACAUGUUCUUCAAUUUUCUGCCUGAUUAUUUCAACAUUAACCUGCGUCUCUGCAUCGAGCUCUGCAUGGGAUCCUUCCAGGUACUCACACAUAUAACACUUCAUAAUCUGACACUAAUAUAACGCAUGUGCAGAUGUAACCUACUACAAAUGCACUCACUCCAACCCUGUAGUUUGUUAUAACCCCUUGUUUGAACUGCUCUGUUAUGGCAGAGGAUCCUGUCAGUCAGAUUUAUUCUUUAUUCUUACAACAAUUUGUCAUUUUCAUGUUUUGAAUAUAAAUCAACAUAAAUUCACUCUGCUUCUGGCACUUAAAUUAAAGAUCUUCAAUAAGCGCAUACAGGAAAUGAGGUUUAACCUUGAAAUUCUGUUUUCCCUAGAUAAUUUCUCCAAACAAAUUUGAGAGUCUACUUCCAUCUUACAAGCUUUAGUCGGCUCUACUUUUAGACACAGCAAGUCUUGAAGUUAAAGACUAAUAGUAGGAUACUAACAUGCAGCCAGUGAUUUCCAAAUAUUAUGAUGUUUGGCAGCACUAAUGGUUAAUUAAACCCACUCUCUUACUUUGAUAUGUUGUCAUGUCAGCAGUUACGAAUAAGAUAUUACAGCUAAUGAGAGUCAUUCUUUGCAGUUCAUAAAAUCGUUCUUUUGUGAAGACUUUUUAAUCAUUGGAAAAGGGCUUAGCAGUAAUGUGUUGCUGGAGGCAUUUCUUGUCACAUUUGGCACCAGCUGCGACACUUGCCAGUUUCCCUACACUGACUUUGCAUAAAUCCCUCUCUCUGUGACGCAUGUGAGUACUUGGAAAACUGCGUACAGUGUGGGGAAAGAAAAAAAAUAAUGCCAAACAAAUGUCCAGAUACAUGUUUCUGAAAGAGUUUCUGUUUAAACGAGAUGCAAGAGGAAUUUUACUCUAGAAAUGGUAGUAGCUGUUACAGACCGUCUCUUUGAUAGCAGUUUGCAGCAGUGUAGUAUUCAAAUAUUAAAUCAAAGCAUUGAUAUUUCUAUUUCCCAUCUGCCUGAGCAAAAACAUUGAGGACAAUCCAAGUUUCAGUCCUCAUUCUUAAUCCAAUCAGCUCUUUGUUUGUCUCUGACAUUGAAGCCACCCUCACAUAAGCAGCUGUUAAAAGAUGCAAACUCCUCUAAAAUGUUAAUGAUGACAACUCUCUCUCUCUCCCAGGGACUUCUUGUUGCUGUUCUGUAUUGCUUUCUCAAUCAAGAGGUCAGUAUUUGUCAUACCGCUUUAAAGCAAUCGCUCUAACAUAUUCGACAAAUCACAUGGAUAAAUAACUGCUCUCUGUUGCGUAAUAAAUGUGUCUACCCAAACCAUUUCCCAGUAAUUAAGUGGUUUAGAGUUUUCAUGGCUUUAAAUGCUAAAUAAUUUCCCCGUAGUCAGCACCCUCAUCACAUAGACUGAAGAUAUAUCAUCUCUCCUCAUAUCUACAUCUAUAUUUAAUAUAAACCAUUAUAUUUUAGAGGGAUGUUGAUGAAAAAUGGAUGAGAAGACUCCAACCUCUAGUAUGCCUUCUGAAUAGUAUACUAGCUACAGUUAGCAUCUGCUUGGCUACGCUACUUUAUUUUCCCAUGUACUUUUAUCAAACUGAUUGUAGGCCAUAGCGCUAAGGGUCUUGCCUAAGGACCCACACUGGUGGAUGUAGUUUGCUCUUUUCAGAUGUGUCUCAUGUUGGAUUCGAACCAUAUAUCAUAUUGUAUAUAAAUUCAAGGUCAAAGUUCACAGGGUCACCAGAUCACUUUAAUUGCUAUUUGGCCUAGAAACCACGUAGAGUCAAUCGAACCCAACGUUCUGACCCAAUUAUUGGGUUACUCUCAGAAAAAUAACCCAUAAUUAUUAACCCAUUCAAAAAACCCUCAAACUGGGUUACAAUAGAAUCCAUAUGACCCAAGAAAUGGGUAUGGAUCUGAAAAAUAACCCAGAAAUUUAACUCAACAUGUAUAACCCAGGAAUUGGGUUGAAGAAAUAACCCAAGUUUUUAGAGUGCACUUUACAAAAACAACUUAGACAACUGUAAACAUGUGUCACAGACAAACAUCUUGUGAAACAGCCAAAACAUGAAUUGUAUGUGGUUUGCAGGUGCAGAAAGAAGUGCACAUGCAUUGGCUGAGGUGGCAGGAGCGGAGCUAUGGCGUGGUGUCACCCGCUGCGAAGGGCAGUCAGAUGGACACGCCCUUCUAAAGGUCCCCCUACAAGCACUCCUGUCCUGAAGGAUCUCUGCUCACUGAAUGUACACAGAGGAUUACUUCUGACCCCCUCUUCCCCUUGACUGACUGUGCAGUAGGUCGUGGUUGUCAGCCAUACCCCAUAAAGCCUGAGUCUGUUUGCUUUCAUUCUUGACAGUCUUAAUGAUGCUCUUCUUUUAAUGGCUGCACUCCUCCUGCCUGAAGAGACCGAGGUGGACUUCACAAUAAAAAAGAGAAAAUGUCCACACACACAUUUCAAGACAGGCUUUACCAGUUGGUUCAGUCUUUGAUAGGAACUUCAGAAAGGUAAGCUUAAGAUAUACUUGAUAGUAUGAACACUUUCCUACACUAACAGCUUCACCUGACCAAUAAGAAUCAGUUAGCAAGUUUCCCUAAACUUUGAUGUCACGUUGUUAAAAACACUGUAUGCUAUAAAGUUUAAAGCCAAUACAACAUGCUGUACUCUGUCUUGCUUUGUCCAGUGGUCUGGGCCAAUAGUAAAGAAAAACUCCAUCUGUGAGCGUAUUACUAGAAAUAUAUCUAGUGAUGGUAGCAUGGUAAUUAUUCUGAAUUAUAAUGUGUAAAGUCCUCUACUCUAUCUGCUCAUCUGUUGAUCCUCAGGUCUCUUAUUUUGUCCUUUGUAAUCUCUUCAUGCUGUAACAUGACAGGACCAUGUCAUUGGUGUAAAUAUCAUACAAAUGUUGAAUUGUUACUCAGUUCUGCACAAACCACAACCCUUUUGUUUCAUCCUAGCUUUAACUGAAUGUGUUUACUUUUUUACAGAUAAGAAAUUGUUUUUUGGUCACUUUGGUCACUGUUCCAUUUGAAAUGUUGCUGCUUUCCUUGUGCCUUUCUUGUGAUAUUGUAAUGGUUUUAGAAAUAGGGUUUAUGCUUGUUAAGCAUAAACGCUUUCACUCAGCUUCAGUGUGGUUCUCUGCAGACUCUUUCACAAAAUGAAAAUGUUAAAUCAGGACCAGAGGCAAAGCCAUUACAGGAAAUGUGGCAAUGUGUUACCAAGAACCAACGCACACGUAUCACAUAUAAUAGGUUCAUUCAGUUCUAUGAAUCUGACAUUUCCUUAAAUAUCUCACAUUUUGGGGGGACGUGUCGGCUAUCUUGUUACAAAAGAAAAAAAAACUGACUCAUUCUUGAGAGCAAUAGACUGAAAUUUAACAGUUUUCUUGUAUUCUUUGAAUUGCAGAAAUAAAACAUGUCUAUGUUUGAAUCCAAUGCAAUUGAACAACACUAUUGUCAUACACUUUACACAUUUUUUUAGUAAGCUUGAACCAUCCUUCAGCUAAUAUGUGCCUCUGAUUUACUUUAUGAGAAGAAACCAUCAGAAGAAAAAUAAUGGAAGAAACUAUGAAAAUUAUUACAUCCCAUUACUGUAGUCUUUACUGGCACAGUGUGUUUUACAAUUUCAAUGAUUAGUCACAUCUAAAGGAUAGGAGACAUUUAAAAAACAAUAAACAGCAUCAAAAAUGUCAUCAAUUACAAAUGUGUUAGUCUUUUUACUUGGGAUGAAUUUGCUGUAACUGUGGUAACACAGAACCUGACAUGUAUUUCAGUACAAUUAAAAUCCCUGAUAUACAAAGUACCCGCAUUUGUUCACUACAAGUGAACACAAUAUAUCAAAUAUCAAGAAUAUCAAAAUUCCCAUGAGCUGACGUCAAAAACAGGGUAUUUAUUUGUCAAUCUAUCCACCUGCAGGGUAGAUAGUAACACAUGUUUGGGUGACAAAUAGCCGUACGAUGAGACCACACAGAGACCACACUGUGAUACGCUUCUCAAGAGGUUUAUGAAAGUGGAAGAACAAUUCAGAAUGACUGCUCUCUCUAGUCUACAUUAACAAACUUUCUUGACAAUAAUUCUGCAUUAUGAUUGCGAUAUGGACACAUUUAAUAACUUCAUAACAAAAGUCAGAAAUCUUUAGUAAUGAUAUUCAAUUCUACAAAAGCUGGGCUUGUUUAGUUGCUGCAUCUUUGACCAGCAAUUCCUGAUUAGAGUCAUUUGACCAAGAGCAGGUUUGCAUUUGUAUGUUAUGGUGGCAUAAUACCACUUA